CGGCAAUGACGUCACAGUGGCGGCCUCUAUAAAAGGCGAGCGCUGGCUGAAGAUCUGUCAGUCGUGUUUGAGUCGGUUUACAGUGCAGACGCGAGAAUGGACGCAGAACCCGAACCCGAACCUGAACCAGGAACGUCUUCCAGCUUUCUGCCUCCAGUGAAAGGCGGGAAACCACCAAUUCAGCCCAUGAAAGAUAACAGGAUGGAGAAAGUUGGCCUGGGUGUGAACGAUGGCCCACCUCCACCAUCUGCUGUGCAGUCAGAAAGGACCCCGGAAGUGGCCCUUGACGCUGUGUUCAGUGCUCGGCUUUUGGGAAAUGAAACUCCAGAGCCUGAGCAUGAACAGGUGUCCUCAGAGGAUGAGGAGGAAACUCUGUUUGGGUAUCCUAAAGACUCCAAGAUCCUUAGGUUCUUCAUGAAGACUGCUGAGGAGCUGGUCAGAUGGCUGGAGUCUACAUUUCAUCCUCAAUUCCCUGUAUGGUUCCUCUACGAGCAUCUGGUGGGUCGUUUGAUGGAAGAAGUGAAGAUGCUGGCCUGGAUUAAUAUUACCUUUGAGGCAUCUGAUGCGCAGCUCUUCCCUGACGAGGACGAUGCCAUGUCUUAUAUUAUCAGUGAAGUGCAUGAAGACCUCUUGAACAAGCCCUGGAGAAUGGAAGUAUCUUGUUUCAACGAGGGACUCCUAUAUUACAUCAUCUACGCUGUCAUGAACGCUUUCAUUAAUUACACGGUGUUCUGCUGUAAAGCAGCAAGAACAUCCCCAGACACUGACCUUGAGGAGGAAGGAUCACAGGGGGAGCCUGAGAUGCAGGAGCUCUGCAGCACCGCCCUCAGUCAGCGGAGUCCAUCAAAGUGCGAGGAACUGAUCCGAGAACUCGGUGGAUCUUCUGAUUUGAGUGACGAGUGCUCUGAGACCCUCACCGGCUUCCAAACUUACAAGGACCAUCCUACCCACCCUGAGAGAGCGAAGCCAAUUUUGCUAUCUUGAGCUCCCAGCUGUGGACGGUUGUAGCGUCACUAGGAAUCACGAUUUCCUGAUAAUGGGGACACUCGGGAGCUGAUUAAUCCAGGUUAAAAUACUCAGGCUGUGACUAAUCCAAGUUCAGAUAUUCAGACUGUGAAUCAUCCAAUUUAAGCUUACCCUGCACAGAUAUGGGCUUGAUUUGAUGACAAACGAUUCACAGAUCACUGUAAAAUUUCCUGUUGUGGGACUAAUAAAGGAGUAUCUCAUUUUA